AUUAGAGAUAUUAAUUUUAAAUCAGCUCCUCCACAUAUGCAAAAAAGCUAAUGGUGUAAGUAAAAGAUAAAGAGGGGAAGUAUAACACUGAAAGUUUCAGUUUUUCUCCCUCUCUACGAAGGCCGAACUCUUGUGCCUCACGUUUUCGCUCAUCUCACUCUUCGAACUACUCCUCACGGCAGACAACCCAGUCAGUUUGUAGCCCAAGACGACUUUGCUUAUCUACGACGGCAAAACCUCGAACCCUAAAAGCCCGUUCAAAUUCCACUACACUCAAGUAGUCAAGUUCAACUAUCAAUUCUCCAAUUUAUCUGAUUGUGAGUGACUUGAAACACGCAACAAUUAUGUGGGUUUCUAGAAUUUCAUGUCUCGGAACUCAGGCAGUCAAGAUACUAACUCGAGGUUUGCUUUUUGGGCAUUUUGUUCGCAUACCAAGGACUCCAUAUAUACAUGUAUCUUCUAGUCGGUUGCUUCAGCUCCUUCCCCAGACGCCUCAAUAUUUUUGUACCACGUCUGCUGCUGAUUCAUCCGAGGAUGGAAAUGAAGAGGAACAAACGAUAAAUGUAACCUUUGUUGAAACGGAUGGAAUGGAAAAACACUGUAAAGUUCCUAUUGGCACAAACAUGUUAGAAGCUGCUCAUUCAAAUGACAUCGAGUUAGAAGGAGCAUGUGAAGGAUCCUGUGCAUGUUCGACAUGUCACGUUAUUGUGAUGGAUAUGGAUCAGUACAAUAGAUUACCGGACCCAACUGAUGAAGAAAAUGAUAUGUUGGACCUGGCCUUCGGGCUCACGGAAACGUCUCGUCUGGGUUGCCAAAUCGAAGCAAAGCCUGAAAUGGAUGCAAUUCGCUUGGCUCUGCCUGUGGCCACCAGAAACUUUGCAGUUGAUGGGCAUAAACCGAAACCACACUAGAUAGUUUCAUGAGAAAUGCUAAAUGGAGAACAAGAGAGAUAAAAUGGUGUGGAUUUACUAAAUUGCCUCUCACAUGCUCACAAAUUCGUUUUCCACAUAGCCUCACUCUUGCUCUAUGACCCAGAUACAGAGGUAUAACUGUAUAAGGAAGCAUAGUGAAGUUGGACCCAUAACAAAUCAAGCAUCAUGUAUCAGUCUAUAAGACAAUUUGCUGUAUUAUACUGACAAAUCAUUAUUCAUCAGAAGUGUCAAGACUCAAGACUGAAGGGUGAAUGUUCCAUAUUUAUUAUCUAUUUUCUGUUUAGUUUAGGAUUGGUAGCAUACAGCUUUAAAGAUGUACCAGUUUUGUUGAAUGAUCGCUACUGGAUAAAGUACCGAAAUGGAGUUUUCUUCAUGUAUGAACUUAGGACAUCAAUGCCGACUUAUAUAUGAAGAGUUACAGACAUCUGCUUCUGCAUGUUCAUAGUAAUGGUGUAUUUAUUGUGAUA